UAACCAUCCCACAUAUUAAGCUCUUUGUAGAUAGCUCUAUCAAGACAACCUUCAACCAUCCUACAAAAACCGACCCCGCGCCAAAACCGCCCGGUUAUCUGAUAACUAUAUCAAGACCGCAAAUCGCAACCUCGAGAGUUUUUGAGAUUGUAUCCUCUUAAUUUACUCCCAUAUACAUACGCUCACACACGCAUACAGAGAAAAAGAGAGGGAGAAAGAGCUUUUUUUCCCACGUGUCAGUUCUCACCAUACGUGGGGGUAUCUCUCUUAAUUCUCAGUCGGCCAUAAUACGCGACGAUAACAGCAGAUGCUUAAGAACCAGGAACUGUAACUGGGACCGGGAUCUAAGGUAUCUGAUUGAAUAUUCGACUGCGAACUGGAUAUUUGGAGGUAGAGGGGAGAAGGCGAGGCAGGAGGAGGUCUGUAUAUUUGCUCACUGAUCCAAGAAAUGUGCAACAACACCCUUUAAUUCCAACCAUCCCCCGCAGACGAAACGCGCAAGAAAAAAAUUAAAAAAAAGCCCCAACGAACAACAAACAAUGAGCCCCCAAACCUUCCAAAUCCACUACUUCUCCAUCGCCUCCGCCUACACAAAGAAACAUACAGAAUCCCUCCCCGCGCCGCUCCCGCUGUUCAAACUCUUUGAUCUGCUCGAGUCGCGGUAUCCGGGUAUUAAAGAGAAGGUCCUUGUUAGCUGUGCGGUUAGUGUGGGGUUGGAGUAUGUUGAUGUUCAUGCUGAUGGUAAUGGUGAUGGCGAUGGCGCUGUGACGAAGGCGGAUGGGGGAGAAGAAGGUGGUGCUGGUGGUGGGGAGCAGCAGGAGAAGAAGGUUCGGAUCAUUGGACCUGGGGAAGAGGUUGCGAUUAUUCCACCGGUUAGUUCUGGAUAGGUGGGACGCAUCUUGGAUUGGAUUUUGGAUUUUGGAGGUAUGUAGAUGUGGAUGUGGAAUUGGGGUCAGCGCUAGCUUUCAUAUAUACGAACUGGAUAAUGUAUUUAUUGCUCUUGGAAGGCUUCGGAAGUUUUUUUUUUUUCAGUUCGAUAUCCGGGAUACAGAGAAUGUGUAUAAAGGAUGAUACUGGAAAUCAAAAGCCCUCAUAAAUUCGGAUUAUCAUGAUCUGCGAUCAUCACGACUAACUAGCCCAUUCCAGCACGAAGAUGGAGCGGAGGAAGCCCCCGGUAAAAGGGAGCAAAGGUGCGUAAACUAUUAAAUUACGCGGAAGGAAGGGACAAAUUUUGGAAAAGAAAACAAAAUGGUCCCGAAAAUUUUGUCAAUUUCAAAAUCACGCAUCCAUCAUAGUCCCCAAUUUCCUAAUACCAAGUCUUUUCCUCGCGACCCCCCCUUCCUCCCCCCUUCCCACACAAACUCAUUACGUGAGUGAUUCUCAAGAUUUAAGACGGAGGAGUUAGCUGGAAGACCUUGUCGGCAUCAGCAACCGCGGGCUGCCACUUGAUGUUGUUCUUCGCGUAGAUCUCUGCACCCACUGGCCAAUCCUUGUAACCCUCCAGUCCGGCAGUGCGGAUGACGUAUUUGGGCCCUGCGACAGUCUGGUGGUGGUAGAUGUGGGUUGUGCAGUUGGGGCAGAAGUAGCAGUGGACAGGGUUUCCUGUUUUUUUUGUUAUCAGCUCACAGAAGGUUUAAUUCUCUAACUAUAUACUUUUUGGGGGCAUGAUGCGGGACAAGCUAGGGCUGACGGCGGAAUUGGUGGCAAAAGACGCAGUUUGGAAGAGGCAUACCGGAAUCACCGGUGUAGGUAUAUGAGCCUAGAGUGCCCUUGGUGAGUUCGAAAUCCUCCUUGGGAACGAUCUGAUUGAGAGUAUAGUCGCUGCCGUUGAUGACUUUGCAAGCGUCGCAGUGGCUGCAUUUGUAGAAAGCGCUUAGCCCACAUCCACGGUAUUUUGGGAGGGGAUUACCUAAAAGCUCGGAGUAUCUAGAUUUAUAGAACUAUUGAGAGGAUGGAUAUAUUACCAAAGAAUAUGGCUGGGAGUCUCCAUCUUAACAGUGAACUCGGUCUGGCCACAGUGGCAGCGUCCCUUAAAAGUCGACAUUUUGGCAGUGGUUUUGUUUGUUGACUUUGCUAUGAUACAAGUGAAAAUAGAUCGGGCUUUGAUGUAAGCUGGGGCUGGAAGAGCUGCGAAAUCGAAAGGAUGUCAAAGGGCCGUGUGUGUUAAGAUGGAAAGAGAAUUGCAAAAAGGGGUAGGAUGGCGCUGGGUUUUUAUAUUUGUUCAGCCCUUCCUUGCCUGCUGCCCCUCACCACCGAAACCCUCCCCUCGAUCACAUUAACUUUCCCACCUUUUCUAACCCAGCAACCACGACGAUAACCCUAAUUGGCUAAGGUUUCUAUGAUGCGUGGGUGGGAUCGAGUGUAAAAAUAGCCAGCCAUUAUGAUCAUAUAUUUUUUCCUUAGUUUCGGCAAUUGACGUCAGAUCAUUGGCAAGAUAGCGGGGGAGCUGGCAGAGAAUUUGUCAACCUGCUGCAGCUCUAUAUGAUCCAGUCAGGGGGUGCGUGGUUAAAGACUAGACUCAGCUAUACACUUGCAAUCGUCUGCGAUCCGCGGGCAACGGGUAUUGGAGAUUAAACAUGAUGCGGGAAGUGCCUGGACAUGCCAGACCACAUCCAUCUGGCCAAUGCCACAAAUUCGAUGUUAACCGUGCAUCAGAGGCGCUCUCCGCUCUCCAAUCUCCCGUCUGGAAUGA